CAGACUUAUCUAAGGUCGAACCUUUUAAAUCAUUACCUGAAGUAAAGCCAUACGAAAAUCUUUUAUCAUUUACAAAAGUGCGCAAUUCCGAAGCUGAUUUAAUAAUAAAAUAUCAAAAAUUAUCAGAAAUAAUUUAUAAGAAUAAACCAACCCAAAUACUAGUUUAUAUUGAUGUAAAGCUUAAUAAUAUCGUUAUAAUGACAUUCUUCAAUGACCAGAAGAAAAAUGAAAAGUUUUUACAAGAA